CGCCUUCGGGCUGCCUUGCCGCCCCAUCCAAUCCAAGCACACACCCAUCGGAUUCACCGCCGAGGCAGGCAGGCAGGCAGAGGAGAACACACCCACGGCCAUUUCCGCCCCCGCAGCUCGGACAUAGCCAAGGCCCAAGGCACAGCCGGCUGCUAGCACCUAGGAGGAGAAGAGAACUCGAGGAGGAUCGGUUUCGCCAUGGCCGCCAAGAAGGUGGUGCUGAAGCUGGACCUGCACGACAACAAGGACAAGCAGAAGGUGCUCAAGGCGGUCUCCACUCUCCACGGUAUCGACUCCAUCUCCGUGGACAUGAAGGACUCGAAGCUGACGGUGGUCGGGCUGGUGGAUCCCGUCGACGUCGUGGCCAAGCUGCGCAAGGUCGGCGCCGCCGCCAUCGUCUCGGUCGGCCCGGCCAAGGAGGAGAAGAAGGACGGCGACAAGAAAGACGGCGACAAGAAGGAUGGCGACAAGAAGGACGGCGACAAGAAGACGCCGCCGCCGGUCAUACUGUACCCGCACCACCAGUGGUACCCGUACGCCGCCGCGCAGUACCACCCCCACCCGUACCCGCCGCAGUACGUCGUCCACAGCGCCGAGGAGGACCCCAACUCCUGCGUCAUCUGCUGAUGAUGCCGCUUCGGCUUAGGCGCAGCCGCGCGCGCAGGCUCCGUCUUCUUUUUGUAAAUCUCUGUGUAGUUGGCCUACCUCAGGCCAGGCACCAUGGACCGCCACUUCGUCGGUGAUCGCCGGGACCGGGACAGGUUCUGGUGGUUGGCUGCUCUGCUCGUCUCUAUCAUGGCGAGGGGUUGGUCGCUGGCCCGUCCGCAGGUCGUUAUACUACGAUGGCUGGAGGAAUUAUACAGGCGAUCCAGGUUUCCAAGAGUGGUUGUUUGGGGGUUUCAGCAGGCUGAUCGAUCAGCUUGAUUGUGUACUGUGCAUAGAAUAUAUGUGAUUUUUGUCCUUGCUAUUUGGGUGUUUGAGGGAUGAAAAAGCUAUAUGCAUAGAGAUACUCCGUAUCUUUAAAGAUUAACCUUGUAAUGUAAAAUAUAAGUCUGACGUAUGGUACGUGUCGAGUUUAUUAAAGGGACGCAAAUGUACUGACGAUGAUGCCGAUUGCCUCGAACUAUCUGGAAGUAGGAUCGAUGCACUGGACAAGGGGUGAUAUUGUAAUCAUAAAAUGGUUGGCAUCUGAACCA